CGCGACGAAUCAUCAUUGGACUGGGCAGCAAGCAUGCCUCCCAGACCCAAAAAGACGAAUUCUGUGGUCACAAAAGAAGUCGACAGCUUGUCUGAGAACCUCACUUCGACAUCGCUCAGACAAAGCCAGCGUGGCAAUCCCCUGCAGCGAUCCUCAACAGCUGCAGAUGUGCCGUCAGCUCCUGUUGCAUCACAUCAAACGAAUGGCGCACUCAAUAAACAUCUCCAAUUACCCGGUAACUCACAAUCAAGCUUAAAGAGGAGCGCUUCCGCCGUCUCGUCCGUCACGGGCAACAAACGUCGUGCUGCUCGAGUCGUCAAUGCGAUCCCUCACCAAGCUCCUGCAGAGCUAUCGCCAGCGUUCAGCUUUGAAGCUUCAGCACGACCCUCUGCUACUCAGACACGCUAUGCUGCCCUUGUCUGUGGCGCAGGCGACAGUGGUCAGCUCGGUCUGGGCACGGCGGACAACGCUACACAAGUCUGGCGACCGAGACUACAUGCCCUUUUUGAGAAGCUAGCCACAGAGGGCAAGCUGGGUCCAUCUGGUCUGGCAGAUAUCGCCGUCGGCGGCUUCCAUACCAUCGCCACGGAUUCAGAGGGAAAGGUCUGGUCAUGGGGCGCCAAUGACAAUGCAGCACUAGGACGCAUAACAGCAGUCUAUCGCGACAGAUUGCCGGAUGAGCAGACAGAGGAAGGCGAGAGCGGGCCGCGGGUGGACCAGGAUGCUACGGCAGAGAACGAGUUUGUGCCCAUGGUGGUGACCGGCUUGAGCGAUGCUGGCUUCAAGGCAGUCUCUGUCGCCGCGGGCGACUCGAUCAGUCUGGCCGUCAGCGAUCAAGGCGAGCUGAAAGCAUGGGGUAGCUUUCGCGCUGAAGACGGCUCGACCGGUUUCGAUGGCGUAGAAGGGCAUCCUACUCGCCAAUUCUCACCCGUCACGAUUGCGAUGCCCAGUCCAUGCGUCAGCGUAGCAGCGGGCGAUAACCACGUCGUUGCUCUGCUACAAGAUGGCACAGUAGCCUCCUGGGGCGUAGGUCAGCAAGCUCAGCUCGGUCGCAAGAUCAUGGCACGACGGACGACCAAUGGCCUUCGAGCGGAAGGGAUUGGGCUCAAGAACAUCAUCGCAGUCGGUGCCGGCAGCUUCCAUAGCUUUGCGCUCGACGAGUCCGGCAAGGUGUACGGAUGGGGCCUCAACACCUUUCAGCAGCUCGGUCUGAGUGACAAGGACGGAGGUCUGGAAGACUCGAUCGGCAAGCCGACGGUCAUCGAAGCACUGCUACCGGACAAUCUGAAUGGUGCCAAAGUGGUCGCAAUGAGUGGCGGAGAGCAUCACAGUCUUUUCUUACUCGAUGAUGGUCGCGUCUUUGCUUGUGGUCGAUGCGACGAUGGUCAAUGCGGUCUUUCCGACGCACACGAGGCGAUGAUCAAUGCCAAUCAACGACAAAUAGACGCAAAGGCAGCACAGGAAGCUGCAGGACAAAAGGAAGAAGAGCGAAUCGCUUCGCUCGAAGCGAGCGGCUCGGCGCUCACAGAAGUCGAAAAGUUCAACCUUACGAUGACGGCAAAGAUGACAGUGUCUGUGCCCAACAAGUGCGUGCCUUACCCGACCGCUAUCACCUUUCCUGGCGAGGAGCGCUUUGUGCAGAUCGCAGCAGGAGCACGGCAAGCACUCGCGGUCGCAGACAGCGGUGCUCUGUACGGCUUCGGACUGAACGGAGAAGGUCAGCUUGGUCUGGGCGAGCCAGACGACGAGCCUGGUGCACCUCAGGAGCGCUACGCUACCCCUACCAAGAUCAGCAACAAGGCGCUCACGACACGGAAAGUACUCAGGGCGGCUAGCGGCACGCAGCACAGCGCUUUGCUUGCUGUCGAUCUGUAGGGCGUACGAUCAACGAGCGUAGAUGCAUUAUUGCUACGAGACCAGCUCGCGGUAUGAAAGAUGAAUACAGACUAGUCGCAGUUGUCACCAUCGCCUUGGCUAGGCUGCUGCUUGCCCGCCUGAGUUGUAGGCGUGGUACCAGUAGGCGCAAUGGGUUGUGUCGGUGGUGAGCCACCGCCAGGUUUGCCUGAUCGGGUCGGCGGCGUCUUGCCGGCCGGUGCUGAGGGCUGCUUUGGAGGUGUAGUGCCGGAUUGCUUGCCUGACUGCGUCGGCGGGAUCUUGGUCGCAGGGCUGGCUGUUUGAGUUGGCGGAGUGUUAGUCACGGGUGUAAUCGUGCUGGGACUGUCGUCUGGCGUGACAGGCUGCUGUCCUCCUCCUAGAUGUCCAGCAAAGGGCGUGCUCGGUCCGCGGCUGUGUUGCGAAUUGAGAUUGCUGAUGAGGCAGCAUGAUGAGGCCAUAUCGAUUCCGAUCUUCUUGGGUUGCGCGC